UUCCGACCGGCUGCCAAGAUGAGCGCAGUGUCACAGCCCCAGGCUGCUCACAGCCCCCUGGAGAAGCCACCCAGCUCUGCGAUCCUGUGCAACACGUGUGGCAAUGUGUGCAAGGGGGAGGUGCUGCGCGUGCAGAGCAAGUACUUCCACAUCAAGUGCUUCGUCUGCAAGGCUUGCGGCUGCGACCUGGCCGAGGGCGGCUUCUUCGUGCGGCAGGGCGAGUACAUCUGCACGCAGGACUACCAGAGGCUCUACGGCACCCGCUGCUUCAGCUGUGACCAGUUCAUUGAGGGCGAGGUGGUGUCCGCACUAGGCAAGACCUACCACCCCGACUGCUUUGUGUGUGCAGUCUGUCGGCUGCCUUUUCCACCUGGGGACCGAGUGACCUUCAACGGGAAGGAGUGCAUUUGCCAGAAGUGCUCUCUGCCCACAUCGGUGGGUAACAGUGCGCACCUGUCCCAGGGCCUCCGGAGUUGCGGUGGCUGUGGCACAGAGAUCAAAAAUGGUCAGGCCCUGGUGGCUUUGGACAAGCACUGGCAUUUGGGUUGUUUCAAGUGCAAAAGCUGUGGGAAGCUCCUAAAUGCCGAGUAUAUCAGCAAGGAUGGGCUGCCCUACUGCGAAGCUGACUAUCACACCAAGUUUGGCAUCCGCUGCGAUGGCUGUGAGAAGUACAUCACGGGGCGGGUGCUGGAGGCAGGGGAGAAACACUAUCACCCUUCCUGUGCACUAUGUGUCAGGUGUGGCCAGAUGUUCGCAGAAGGAGAAGAAAUGUAUCUUCAAGGUUCCUCCAUCUGGCAUCCAGCCUGCCGAGAAGCCGCCAGAACUGAAGACAAAAACAAGGAAACCAGAACUUCCUCAGAGAGCAUCAUUUCUGUACCUGCUUCCAGCACCUCAGGGUCUCCAAGCCGCGUGAUUUAUGCAAAGCUUGGCAGUGAGAUCCUUGACUACAGGGACUUGGCUGCCCUUCCUAAAAACAAGGCCAUCUAUGACAUUGACCGCCCCGACAUGAUCUCCUAUUCACCCUACAUCAGCCACUCCGUGGGGGACAGGCAGAGCUGCGGUGAGGGGGACCAGGAUGACCGCUCCUACAAGCAGUGCCGGACCUCCAGCCCCAGCUCCACUGGCUCGGUCAGCCUUGGGCGCUACACCCCGACUUCGCGCUCACCUCAGCACUACAGCCGCCCAGCUGGUACUGUGAGUGUUGGUACCAGUAGCUGCCUCUCCCUGUCCCAACACCCAAGCCCUACAUCCGUGUUCAGACAUCAUUACAUCCCCUACUUCCGAGGCAGUGAAAGUGGCCGGAGCACCCCCAGCCUCUCUGUGCUGUCAGACAGCAAGCCUCCUUCCUCCACCUACCAGCAGGCGCCUCGCCACUUCCAUGUCCCAGACACUGGCGUAAAAGAUAACAUCUAUAGGAAACCCCCUAUCUACAAACAGCAUGCCACGAGGCGAUUAGAUGGGGAGGACGGAAGUUUCGACCAGGAUAACAGGAAGCAGAAGACCAGCUGGCUGAUUCUCAAGGGGGAUGCGGACACGAGGACCAACUCUCCAGACCUGGACAGCCAGUCUUUAUCUCACAGCAGCGGGACUGACAGAGACCUCCUCCAAAGAGGGCCAGGGGACAGCUUUCACUCACGACCCCCCUAUUCCAAAUCUGACUCUCUCCCAGGACACGGAAAGAAUGGCUUGGACCACUGGAAUGCCAACCUGGCCCCGUGUGGAGCAGACCCGGAUGCCAGCUGGGGCAUGCGAGAAUACAAGAUCUACCCUUAUGAUUCCCUCAUCGUAACAAACCGACUCCGUGUGAAGCUGCCCAAAGAUGUGGACCGGACAAGACUGGAGAGACACCUAUCGCCAGAGGAAUUCCAGGAAGUGUUUGGGAUGAGCAUGGAAGAGUUUGACCGCCUGGCCCUCUGGAAAAGGAACGACCUCAAGAAGAAGGCGCUGCUGUUUUGACAGUCGCCCGCCUGCCUCGCCGCACAUGUAGAGAGCAGAGACAGAGACCCCCGGCAUAACCACGCAAACUCCCCCACUGCACCUUGCUCAGGCUUCUCCGUGUCAAUGGGGCGGGCGGUGAGCACCUGAGGGGGCUGUGCCAGGGGCCUCGGGAUGGGAGGGGCCCCUGGCAGGUGCAGCUCAUUUCUGCCAGUGACUCUCAAGGCUGAGAUGGCAAGCUGCACACCACUCUCCCCACUGUGGCUUGGUGUCAGGGCAAUGCCUCAGAGUAGCUGUCACAAGGGAUCAGAUGGAACAUGCCAACAGCCCAGCUUCUUAGUGUCCUUGUGGUGCCCCAGCCUUGGUGCCAGGCAUGUGGAGUACAGGGGUGGCCAGGACGUGCACUGUGAUGAUGGGCACCAACACUACCUUGAGGGGGCACAUGGCUCCUCAGAGCAGGGCAGGCCAGCCUUGCAGGUGCCCUCACAGGCCCCGUAGGGAGAGGGGUGCUGCCACCUGGGCAGUGCCAAGCUCUGUGACAGGUCACUCUAGGGACAAACGUCAACCUGAUCGGGUACCUCCUGCCAUCAUACCCUCUGUGCACUGCAUUCUUCCAAACACCCCUAGAUGCCUACAUGAUAACUUUAAAGUAACAUAGAAGUUUUUAUUUUAUUAAAAAUCAUAGCCUAUUUAAAUGUGAGAUGGCAUAUAUGAAGAGUUUAAUUUCUCGGGCCCUCUGAAGGGGGCGCUUCCAGCCUUACUCUUCCUGCACCGCUCAGCUCUGUGUGGUCUCUGUUCCUGGUGUGGUCCUCAUAGAGAGGACUCUUUGUCUGUCUUCUUUCUUCUUGUCUUUUUUCCCCACAUGUCAUGCAGGUGUGACCUUAGAGACAGACCCCUCUAAAUACUGCUGUUUGUAAAUACGUGCGAUGUGUAGCCACCGCUGUUUCCCUUGCUGUUAUUUUUCCAAGUCUCGGAGAGAAAACAUCCUCCUCCGAUGGCCAAAGCCCUGGAAUAAAGGAUUUCCACGCACCCAACCCCAAUGCCCAAUGUAGCUUUGGUAUAGCAUCUUUGUGCUGUAACCAGUUUUGUUGUCACCUGACCACCUGAAACACAAACCUACACAUGCCACAGGGACCAUGCACUCACACAUGUCCCUGAAAUGGACACCACACACCCGUGAGGAGAGAAAGGCAGAAUCUGCCCUCUUCUUGUCUUCUAGGCCAGCGGGACAUCCUCAUGGCAGAAGCAGUGGGCUCCCCAGGGGAAAAGCACACAAGUCUGUGAGAUGUGUGGCCAGAGUCGUACCUGCCGCCACACGACGCAGAUGUGCUCACUGAGAGUGGGUGAGGCAGUCCUCAGUGGGUGUUGCUUCUCUGUGCUCCUAGAUGUCCCCAGGAGUGUGAGUCGGACUUACUCAGCUUCUCAGAGCCCAACUUACUCAGCCUCCUCAGCCCCUAACGCACCAAGUCCCUCUUGCACUCAGCUUCUCACCCUCCUGGCUUGGCCAGGAAGGGGGAAUUUUUAGCACCUAAUAUGCUUCCUGCCAUUUAGCAAUCGGAGCCUGAGCAACUGGAAACCCCCAUUUCCUCAUAGUGCAAUGUCAUGUCUGAUGUCAGGAAGCCUGGAAAAUA